AUGUCCAUGUCCAUGCAAAGCCUCGAAGAAGCCCUCCCGAAGUGCGAGGACGCUUUCGAGUGCUAUCUUUGCAAAAAGAAAUUCCAGUCGCGUGCUGAUAUGGACAAGCACAGGGUGCCAUGCCUCUUGCGGUCCUAUGAUGAAUGCGAGUUCUGUAAUAAGCGUCACACUCCGUUGAAUGAUAUGAUCGACCAUGUGUUAGUCUCGUUUGACAUUUCCGUAACCAGUUUUGAUCGCCGAAGCAUUUGA